AUGUAAAGAACUGCUGUACUCUAUAGAUCAUAUGGUAUUGUUGUGUUUGUGAAGACUAUUUUUGUUAAAAUAUUUUAUUUAUUGUCAUAUGUGUUAGAGAGAAUUUCAUUAGUUGUUGUUCUUCUGUCAUAAGUAUGCUACUGUUUGGGAAGCCAUUUUGUAUGGUUUUGUUCAGCAUUUUUUUGCUGCUGCAGCUGUAGGCCACUAGUUACAUAAUGUAAUAAUAAAUCUUGUCUUAUACUUAAAGGAAGUGGAACAAGGAGAAACUGAAAUAAAUACUAAUGUGAUAAUAGUGGCAAAUGAAAUUGGAAAAAUAAUUCUGCCAGAUUCAGAUUGAAGUAAUAUUAGUAUUGUAGUGUGAAUAACAGUUCAGUAAUUCUUUGUCUUUUACUAAGAAAUAGUAUAGCAUUGUAUUUCUUAACCAGAGACAAUAUCUACUUUGUAGUUGUGAAAGAGUGUGAAGACUUAUGUGCUUUAAGGUUCAGAGCAACAGCAACGCUUAGCAUAAAGGUAAGUGAUGAACAAGGUAAGCACAAUCAGGCUGAAUCCUUUGGAGAUUGCAUCUACAUUGGUAAGUAUUCUCGUGGGUCAGGACUAGCAUUACAUGACAGGUUAGUAACAUGGAUAAGGGUAGAUGUAAGUUUGAGAGGGCAGAGGCCUAGGCCAGCCCACAUCCUUGUGAACCCAGGAGUGUUGCACAUCUUGGGAUGCACUUAGAAGUAUUAUUUAUUUAAAUUGAAGUGACCACUUUUUUAUUAUUAAUUGCUAGCACACAACAUGUUGUUUAUACAACACUCUUGGUAGUCUAUAUUUGGGAAAGGGGUCAUGCAUACAUGCAAUAAUGCAAGCUUGUUUUGAAGGGGUAAUCUGAACAUGAAGUAUUGGAAAGAGUAAUGAAACAAUAAUUUGAUUGGAGAUUUGAACAUUAUGGAGAUGGCCUUAUACCAACAGAGAAUGUUGGAGAUAAGUGUUCCGAGGAAAUUGCUGUGAAGCAUUAGUACCCAUGUAGACACGCUUAGAUUAUUGUAAAAUAUUGAUUAUUGAUUCAAGAUCAGAUGUUUUAAGAGUAAUUACACAUGUAUCUGUAGUGCCAACACUUGUUUGGGCAUUCUGUGUGAAUUUAAAAAUGUUCAUCAUAAGAUCUUACUUUUUUAUUGGGAUCCUUUAAAACAAGACGUUUAUAUUAAACGUUAGAACUAAGAAAUAUGUGUUAGGUAUGGGAGUGGAGUGUAAACUAGUGUUAGGAACAGCUCCUGUUGGCUGGUGGCAGAGGGGCAGAAUGUCCCAUAGGGUUGUGGAGGUGGACCAUGUAAGUCCUGGCAGGUAGAGAUCAGCCUUGUGCUGGUGGAGUUGCCAUGUGCUGGUCAACAAGCUGUGGUAGUCUGUAAGAAAUGUGAUUUGGUCACUUUGGUUUAAAUAUGUACAGUACCAUGUAACCUUAGGCUAAAUAUUUAUAUACACUUAAGAUGAAGAUCUUUCUUGGAUGAAAGUAUAGUUUAAAUAAUACUUCAUGUAUUAUUAUGACUUAUAGGAGCCACCAUUGCCAGAAUGGAGUGACAUGAGAAGACAAGUCUGUUGUAAGCUUGGGUAGGCAGGCACUGCUCUGCAGUGUUUGGGGCUGGAAGCUCUGUGGGUAUUGUUUGUAGAUGUUAAGCAACGGAGGUGCGAGCCCUGGCUCCUUUAUGCUGCUUCACUGGCAGCAUUGAGGCUUAGGCUAAGCGUAAGACUUAAGAAUAUAUCUGGGGAGGGUGCUGUUGCUUUUUUCCUGAGUUGCAAAUGUGGCUCAGGAAAAGCAAUCGUAGAUGAAAAUAGUCAGAGCUGCUGCAGUUGCUGCAGACAGGUGCAUCCUGUCUUGGGGGGUGGGGUAGCAGAGUUGGAUGUGUGCCUCCAAGCUACUUAACAUUUUGUUGAGCUUACAAUUCCAGAGGAGGUGCUAGCGAUGUUGCUAUGGAUUAUGGAGCUGGGGGCCAGGUGUGCUCGCUCUAAUUUCAUGUCUACUACAACCCUAUGCGUUACACACAGACCAAUGUCUAUCCGUCGGCCCAAAGACGAAAAAUGAGGGGUUUUGAGGGCUUCGUGCGCCGAGCUGUAGUAGUUGUACCAACUGACGAGGAAUUCAAGAGGCGCAUAGAGAAGCGUGAGAAACUGGAGGGCAAAGACGUUCCAGACUCUGCUGUUCUCGAGAUGAAAGCCAACUUUGUGCUGCCUACCGUGGGAGAUGUCUUCGAAAUGGUGGAGUACACAGAGCUGCCUGAACAGGAAGCCCGUGCUUUAGUUACACAAUACAACGAAGAAGGGCGCAAAGCUGGGUAUGGCCAGCAACACAAGCGACCCCGUCUGGACAACCGAGAGCGUGGUGGAUCCAGUGCUGGUUUUCGUGGGGGUGGUGGUGGUUUUAGACAGCGUGGCGGUGGCAGUGGUCGCCCUGAUGUGAAAGGUCGGGGAGGUACUGGUUGGCAGCCACGAGGCGGUGCAGGUGGCAGCGGACGAUGGGAUUCCCGACCACAACAAGCUUCCGGCUUCCGUCGUGGAAGUAAUGCUGCUGGGGGAGGUGGCGGAGGAGGUUGGCGUGGUGGCAGUGGCAGUAGCAGUGGAGGCCGUGGGAAUUGGGAUUCAUAUGGAUCUCGUGGUUACGACAGUCGCAGCCGACCGAACAGUGGUGGACGCCAGAACACUGGAAGUGGAAAAGGUUGGGGUGGAGGAUAUAGCCAAAGCGGCGGUGGUGGUAGUGGUGGUUGGGGUGGAUCCAACAACAGUGGUAGCAGUGGUGGAAGUUGGGGACAACAGAGUUACAAUCAACAAGGUGGCUGGAGUGGACAACAGAACUACAGUCAACAAGGUGGUUGGAAAGGUUAUGGCCAGCAGAGCAGCUAUGGUCAAGGUCAAGGUGGUGGUAGUGGAAGUUACAGCCAGCAAGGGGGAUAUCAACAGGGAUAUGGCAAUGGUAAUGGGUUUCAAAAUUGGAAUCAGCAGUAUUAUAAUCAAAGUGGUUACCAGGGUGGUAACCAAGGAUGGGGUCAGCCUGGAUCUGAAGGGUCUUAUUCCAAUUAUGGUCAACAGCAAUCGCAGCAGCAGGGUUCUUGGCAAGGGUAUGGCCAAAAUUACAAUUACGGUUCUGGAUCUGGCCAGCAUAUGGCUCAGGGUGGAUAUGGGAAGUAACAUAUUACUGUGACUUCAUUGAGAGCCAUUUGCUGGCAGUUGACUAGCCAAGUAUUGUCUUACUUGACGUAUAUAUAUAUAUUGAUUUGUGUAAUAACUUUAUCAAUUUUAAAUGUAGUGUACCAAGGGAUUUGCAAAAGUAGAUUUUCAUUUGCCUAAUUAUUUAAUGUAAGGCAUGUCAUUGCCCGUAAAUUUUGCACAUCCCUAACAAGUCCAUAUUCUACUUUUUUUAUAAUUUGAUUGAUGCAUUCUUAGCUAUGAAAUUGCGUCAAAGUUAAUUUGGCUUGUGUGUGUGUGUGUGUGUGUAGAUGCCUCUGGCAUUGCGUUUCUUGAUGCAGAUAUUCAGAAUUCAUGUAGAAAGAUGAUCUACAUGCACAUGGUAUCCAGUCACAUACAGUAUUUGUGUUCUCAUUAGUGAGAUAAUUUCUCUCCCCUAUCAAUAUGGGGUGUAGCCCUAACAGUUUUGGGAGGUGUUAAUGGUGUUCAGCUCUUCAGGUUUUUUAAGAUAAUUGCUUGAACACAGUUUUUAUAAGAUAACAGUCUAAGAUAGAUUCACUUAUGUACAAAUUACCAAUUAAUACCUCCCUUUAGAGAUAUUUUAUGUUAAUGCCUAUGUAAAAAAAAAAAAUAUAUGGAAGAAGUUUUAUAUACAGUAAUCCUAGACAGUGGGCAAAUAUCUUUGCACUAGUUCUCUAUAUCAAUAAAACACUUAAAUAAUGCAAAA